AUGGGGAAUAGUGUGCGUGGAGUCCUGGCCUUCGUCCCUUUGGAGCGCUGUCAACAUUACCUGGUGGGUGACCUGAAGGAGAUGCCUCUGGAUCGUGUGGCGGACCUGAGCAGUCGUCAGCUGCAGCGGUUCCCCAUGGCUGUGUGCGCCUUUGGUGAGCUUCUUCGCCUCUACCUGAGUGAGAACCGCCUGCAGACUCUGCCCCCUGAGCUGCAUGGGCUGCAACAGCUGCAGCUGUUGGCGCUGGACUUCAACAGCCUGGAAGAGCUACCGCUGGUUGUUUGCCGGCUGCCCCAGCUCAACACGCUCUACUUGGGGAGCAACCGACUGAGGCGGCUGCCUCGUGAGCUGGGCCAGUUGAAGGAGCUUCGCACCUUGUGGGUGGAGGCCAACUGCUUGUGCGAGUUCCCGCAGGUGCUUUGUGAGCUGCCAAACCUCCGGACCCUGCACCUGGGGUACAACCGGCUGCGCAGCUUGCCGCGGGAACUGGUCCAGCUGGGGGAACUGCGCAGCAUCUGGCUAGAGGGAAACCUGCUGACCGAGUUUCCGCCGGUGCUGCUCGACAUGCACCUGCUAGACGUGAUCGACGUGGACCGCAACCGCAUCCGGCACUUCCCCAGCCUGGUGCAUCUGAGAGGCCUCAAGCUGGUCAUCUAUGACCACAACCCCUGCAUCAACGCACCUGCCGUGGCAGAGGGGGUGCGGCGAGUGGGCCGCUGGGCAGACUGCACCGACGACAGUGAAGAGGAGGAGGAAGCAGCAGAAAGGAGGGCCAAGGCAGGAGCAGUGGAGGAUGUGGCAGCUCAAGAAGUUCCUGCUGAGCAGAGCGAGGCCGAAUAG